AUGUUUUAUGAUAACCUCGACUGUCAAAUAUCUUCCGGAUCUCUUCAGCUCGUGCCCACGGCAACGCGUAUAGACUUCAACGACACCCCGCUGAAGUCAUGCUAUGGUGAACCCAACAAUUACUACGCCCUGGUGAUCGAUGACUGCUUUACAGCUUCCGAAUGCGCCGACCUUAUUGGACUUGCAGACUCAGACUGGAAAGCUGCAGCGCCAAACACAAAUCGUAGGGACUGUUCUCGAAUCAUCAAAGAAGAUGUUGUGGCUGCGAAGCGUAUCUAUGACAGGGUUAAGCCAUUUUUGGAGGAAGUCACCGAGAUCGGACCGGGCAGCAAUUGGGAGAACAUUCCAGGGAAAAUGAAGACGGGACAGAGUAAGGGUAGAUGGAGGAUGACCAGACUUAACGAACGCCUCCGAUUUUUGAAGUAUGGCGAAGGACAGAAGUUCACGCAACAUUGCGACGCACUGUACACCACCCCCGACAAAUCUUUAAAGUCGCUUCUGACACUCCAUCUUUACCUCAAUGAUUCAUCUGAAGGUAGCGAAGACCCUGCUGACCCAACGGCUUCCCCAAAAGAGAUAAAAAGAGGGGGAGCAACACGGUUUUGGAACCCAGAGAGAACCGAAUUUGUAGAUGUCGAGCCAAAGAGAGGCAGGGUUUUGAUAUUUCAACAGAGAAUGCUAUGGCACAGCGGCGAGGAGGUUUUAGAAGGGGUUAAGAUGACUAUGAGAAGUGAUUUGAUGUUUGAAUGGGCUCAAUUUGAGAAAGGAGAACGCUAG